GUGAGAAUAUUUAUUACCUUUAUUCAUAGAUAGAUGAUGUGUAUUUAUAGGGGGAGAAUGAGAGACAAAGAUACUAAGGAGAUAUUUUCCUCUCCCAUUCCUCUGACGUGAGUUACAUUAAAUGCCCCGCUUCUGAUCGCCAUACUUAUCUGACUGGGAUCAGGUGGCGAAGUGAUAUGUGGCAUAAGAUGGAAGGUGUAUUAACUGAUCUCUUUCCAUUGCCAGGCUUUUGAUCAGAUUAAUGGAGUGAUUUAUUCGACACCCAUGAUCAAUGUGCUUCUGGCCCUACGACACCACCGUAGUCUGAUCGGUAUUUUGGGUGCUCGGGCUCCACUCACCUUUGGUCUUGUCAAGCUCCAACUGGGAGGCUCUCUACCGAUCUCCGAGGGUAUCGAGUCUGAUCGGGUUGGUGUAUAUGUAACCCGGCCCACCAAUGGCUACGCGGUUUUAUGCAAUUAGUUCGGCUCAUAGCAACAGUAUAGGCCAUUAACAAAUAUUUUAAAAACCGCGUCAUUUUUCUUUUUGCCGGUAAUACAAGAAGCUUUUGUGGAAGCCUGGAUAUUUUCAUUUGAAUCCCCAACUAAUUUGUAGUAGAUGAGAUGUUAAUGAAUUGCAAAUUAUGAGGCUAAAUUCACGCCUAAGCAUGCUAUUAUUAGUUUUUUUUUUGUUUUUUUUUUCUGAUAAAUAAGAAGUAAUUUACAAUGAAUUGUACAUUACUUUUGAUCGCUUUGAAAUUUAGAUUUAUGUCACCAUCCGCCGUCCCCAGCCAGCAAUCAGCAAAGCAAACAAGCCGCGUUUUGUCUCUUUUAGUGAGAGACAAAAUAUAAAACCCCAAAAUAAAUUCCAAAUUUUUUUUCUUCAUUUCUUCUUCCUACUUCUCUGUAUCUCAACUGUAGGGAGUCGGUGAUCCACUGCACUGCACCCAAACCAAAUUGACAACUCCGUUGUUAUUUUUUCCGCUUCACGCGGCUUUCCAUUUCAGCCCCUCUGUUUCGCUCUUCUUCACCAAAAUCCACUCCCCUGCCACCUUAAAAUCGAACCCAAAACCACCCCGCUCUCUCUCUCUCUCUCUCUCUCUCUCUCUACGAAAUUUACACUUAGUCAAAAAAUGCCAGAAAUUCAGUUGGGUUCUCACACUGUAAGAUCUCAUGGAGUAAAGGUAUUGAGGAUUCAUAUGCAUGACUGGCUGAUUCUACUGGUUCUUGCGGCGAUAGAUCUGGGUUUGAACUUGAUAGAACCUUUUCACCGCUUUGUUGGAGAGGACAUGAUGACAGACCUGAAAUACCCAUUGAAAGACAAUACAGUUCCCUUCUGGGGUGUUCCGAUAAUUGCAGUACUGUUGCCACUUGCUGUCAUUCUUGUUUACUACUUCAUCCGAAAGGAUGUCUAUGAUCUGCACCACGCCAUUUUAGGCCUUCUAUUUUCCAUCUUUAUAACCGCUGUUUUAACUGAUGCAAUCAAAGAUGGUGUUGGUCGACCUCGUCCAGACUUCUUUUGGCGUUGUUUCCCUGAUGGCAAAGGGGUGUUUGAUCCAAUCACAAAGAAUGUCAUGUGUACUGGAAGCAAGAGUGUCAUUAAGGAAGGACACAAAAGCUUCCCCAGCGGGCAUACUUCAUGGUCCUUUGCAGGUCUUGGUUUCAUUGCAUGGUAUCUAUCAGGGAAAGUUAGGGUGUUUGAUCGUAGAGGACAUGUUGCAAAGCUCUGUAUUGUCUUUCUACCAUUACUUCUUGCGGCAAUGGUAGCAGUUUCUCGAGUUGAUGACUAUUGGCAUCAUUGGCAAGAUGUUUUUGCUGGCGGGCUUAUAGGAAUCACCAUUGCUUCAUUUUGUUACCUGCAAUUCUUUCCACCUCCGUAUGACACAGACGGUUGGGGACCUCAUGCGUACUUUCAGAUGCUGGCAGAGUCUCAAAAUCGCGAUGAGGCCUUGUCUCCCAAUGCCAAUAGUCUCAGUGUGCAGCAAACAGAGCUUGAGAGUAUAUACAUCCAGUCUCAGCAUGGUGUUGAAACAUCACGAGGCUAUAGUGGAGACACAAACCCCAUUCUGAAUGGGCGGGAAAGUGGGAGACACUUGAGUGUAGGCUGACUGUAGAGAAGAAUAGAGUUAGUGAUCAGGUGUUCAUAUUUUAGGAUCGACGCCGUGUGAAUUUCAUACACAGAUCUCAGAAUGCAGAUGAAAUUUGGACCAUCCUUUUUUUCUUGAGUUCUAUUAAUUGAUUUAUUUUGUUGGUGUUUUGAGGAGUUCAUAUUACAUUGCUUCUGUUCCCUUUUCUUUUAUACUGGUAUAUGGCUGGCUAUGAUCUUAUAUUUUGAAGUGACAUGUAUUAUGUAUAGCUAUGUUUGAAUGAUAUUAUUCUUUUC